AAGAAGAGGAAUCGGAAGAGCCAUGGCGGGUUAGACGUCAGCCGAUGGCCAAAUUUCUGGCCAUCGUUGCCAUGACUGGACCAGAAAAACCGGCCCAGCAUCCCCGCGGCACCACCGAGCAAGGAGGGCGUCCCGCAAGGCACCACCAGAUUCACCUGCCCGCUGCGGCGUUCAUGCUGCGAGGUCUACAGUAAUCGGGAGGACUGUCGUCACGACACCGGCCAAGAUGAAGUUCGGAUUCGUCGAGCUGCCCAGACAGCGGCCUCACCAUUCGGCUCCGAAGGUCUCGGCUGCCAGUUCAGGCGGCGCCGAAGGGUGCGGCGAUGUCUGCCGCUUGACACUGCUGAGGAAGUACAGCGUUCCGGUGGGCAUCACGCUGAUUCCAAGCAUCGGGGGCGCCUUCUGCUCCCUAUACCUCCGCAAAGAGCACCGACACUGGUACGAGAACCUUCGCAAGCCCGUGUGGUGUCCCCGCCAGUGGGCCUUCUUCCCAGUGUUUAACGCGUGCUACGCCUCGAUGGGCCUCGCCUCUUACAUGGUGUACGCGCAGCAGGGCUACCAGGGUUCCACCAGGCUCGCACUGCAGCUGUACGGCACCCAGCUGGUGCUCGCCUGGUUCUGGGUGCCGUUGCUCUUCAGACGACGAAUGCUGGGACUGGCCCUGGUGGACUCCGUGCUGCUGGCCGGGUUCUCCGGCGCGACGCUCUGGUGCUUCGCGCCCAUCAGCACCAGCGCCGCCGCCAUUUUCGUGCCCUCCUUCCUCUGGUCCGUCUACCUCAUGCUCACCUCUCUCUUCCUCUGGAGGCGCAAUUCCAUCGUCCUCAAGAACGGCUAGGAACGAUAAAUUCUGAACUUUCACCCCCCGCCGCCGUACGGCGCAAUAACCCGUAUACCCGAUAUUGCUUACCCGUGAAUGGGGUCCCGGAAAACGGAGAUCGAGGAAAAGAAAUUAUUGCCAUUACUUGUUUCGAACAUACUGAUUGUUUGGGUACUCUUGUGCUUUAACGAACGCUAUA